AUGUCUUCUUCCUCGACCAUUAGAGCUUUCGGCUCAUUACUCGUCAAAUUUUCAAAUGGGUUCUCUCUUAAACCUCCCAACAACCUCUUUCACCAUAGAAUCGGUGUUUUGAGUCUAGAGUUGUCAUCUUCUGCCUGCAACUCGUCUUCUGGCACAUGGGCUUUAUUUCCUAAGCUUAAAUUUGGGAGUUCUGAUAGAAAGAUCUCGACCUUCACUCCUUUAUAUAUGGGUCGGAGAUCCUGCAAGAUUGCGGGCCGAAAGACAGCCCAGGAUGCUAAGAAAGCAAAACUAUAUGCACGAUUUGGAAAAGAAGUUGUAUCCGCGGUUAAAAAAGGUGGCUCAAGUCCGAUAUCUAAUACAGCAUUAGCUGCUUUGUUUGAAAAAGCAAAGGAGCUUGAUAUACCCCGGGAUAUUAUAGACAGAAACAUCAAGAGAGCUUCAGAGAAGGGUCAAGAAGCCUACAUUGAAAAAUUUUACGAGGUUUAUGGCUAUGGCGGAGCUGGAAUGAUUGUUCAGGUGUUAACAGAUAAAGUGAACAGAUCGGUGGCGGCUAUUAGGGAGGUUGUGAAGGACUAUGGAGGGAAAAUGGCGGAUUCUGGCUCGAUCAUGUUCAAGUUCAGACGUGCUCGUGUUGUGAAUAUAAAUGCUAAAAAUGUCGACAAAGAUAAACUUCUUGCUAUUGCUCUAGACUCUGGUGCAGAUGAUGUCAUUGACCCCUUGAUUGAUGAAGAUGAUAUGGAAGAAGAUUCGGAAAGGCACUACAAAAUAGUGAGUUCGCUGGAAAACUACACUGACGUAUUGUCGAAACUGCGGGAGGAGGGAAUAACAUUUGAAACUGAUAAUGGGUUCGAGCUUCUUCCCUUAUCACCCAUCGAGGUUGAUGAUGAGGCUAUGGACUUGAACAAGGAAUUGAUGGCCAAACUGCUUGAGCUUGAUGAUGUUGAUGCAGUGUAUACAGACCAGAUGAAAAAAAACCCCAUGCUGUUGUCGAACAUCGCCCGCGCACUUCGCCCAGGCCACCAACUGUCGCCCGGUGAUGCUCGCAACACUGCUGAGGCCACCGACAACGGGCAAGUGCCGAGACUCGCCCAUAAGAAUUCCACUAUAAAUCACAAACUUUAA